AUGUUAAAUACAGUUUGGUCAGGCCAAGCAGCAGAGCAGGGCGCUAAUACGACGUGGCGGAGGUCACAGGGUCACUAUCGCAUCAGCGGCGGCCACUGGAUCUCGUCGUGUCCGUUUGGCGUUAACCACCAUCAAUGGAGCCGUCGCAAGUGCCUUGCCCCUCUUCAACGAUAUUCGUCCCCGCGCCUUGCUGCUCGGAGAUGUGUCUCAUUUAAAAUAUCUGCGGCAGCAGAUGGUGCGAGGGCAAAUGUCGCAGACUUUUCGGGCAGCAGCGGGCAGCAGCGGCACCAGCAGCAGUGGAGCGGCAGCUGGUCCUCAACUGACAGCAAUUACAAGGGGGCUUAUGGGGAGGAGGCGUCGGAGGAGACUUCCAGAGACAGGAGCCAAGCUGGCCAGCCUAACGGCAGUGAGUUGCGUAGCCGUGCCGGAAAGCUGCUGGCGCUGGGAAGCGCAGUGGGGCUAGAGCUGCUCCUGACAGGCGGUCUGGUGUGGACACCCCUGGCGGCGGCCGCCGUGGCCUUCCUGGUGCUGCCGGGCGCCAGGGCGCUGACGGCCGCCCAGGCAGCAGCACGCGAGGCGGAAGCUGUAGCACGUGCGGAGGCGCGUGUGCGUGCGGAGAUGGCGGCGAGGGUGCCCGUGAGCCCGCCUGAGAGUGCUGCGUGGCUGGGCCGCAUGAUGGGCGAGCUGUGGGAGCCGUUCGUACAGCCGCUCGUACUGGGGGAGAAUCUGGGGCAUUGGGCGGACAAGGUACGGCGGGCGGCCCCCGCGGGGUUCGAGCUGCAGCUUGAGGAGAUGAGUCUGGGGAAGGAGGCGCCUAAAAUGAGCAACUUUCAGGUCCUCGCCGACCCCGCCAGCGGCCGGGUGACCGCCGUGGACUGCGACAUGGCCUUCGACAGCUCCUCCAUGCGGGUGGUGGUGUCGGGAAGUGGACCCCUGGGCCGCUUCAAAUCCACAAUGACGGGAAUCAACAUGAGGGGUCGCAUGCGGUUACAUCCCAUCCCCGACCAGCGAAUGCUCCUCUUCUCUUUCCGGGAGGCCCCCCAGAUCGACCCCAAGCUGACCUUGGAGGGUCCGUUCCUGGGCGCCCGGGACAUCCCGCCCACCUCGCUGCUGCGCUCCCUGCUGGCCGCCUCGCUGCGGGACUGCCUGGUGGAGCCCGUGCGGGGGGCCAUCAGCCUGGACCCGGAGCCGAGGGUGGGGCAGCCCGUUGACACGCUGGUCAACAUCUACGUCGAGUCGGUGCAGGGGAUCACCGCGGAGGGGGCGACCGGGGCAGCACCCGCACCUGCACCCGCACCCGCACCCGCACCCGCGCCCGCGCCCGCGCCCGCGGCGGCAGGCACCGCAUCUCAACAGCAGGCGGCGUCGCCGCCAUCAUCGUCACCGCCACAUCCCGCAUCACCAUCGCAACCAACCUCGACGAGCAGCUACUUGCAACAACACACUAAUCCGCAAUUGCCGUACCAAGACGACGCCACAGCAGCUGCAUUUUUUGACUCGCUAGUAGUUCCCGACACUUCAUCCCAGUCGGGCCCCUCGUCGGCUGCUCAUGGUAGCGGAGGUGGGAGUAGCAAUGGCGGCGGCGGCGCGGGGGCCGGAGGUGGCAGCGCAACGGUGGCGGUGGUGGCCGCGGCUUCAAGCGCUGCUGCAGCGGCCGGUGAAGCCGUGGUGGAGCGGGCGGGGGCGAUUGCGAGCCUGGUCCCCGGUCUGUCCGCUGUUGCCGGGGGGGGAGGAGGAGGCGCGGAGGGUCCUGGGAGGACACCUCGGCCCAGGAUGCUGCAGGUUAUUGCCAUCAACACGGACAGCAAGCUGCAACGGGAAACAAAACCCGUGCCGUACACACCACACAAACCGUCAACGGCCAGCGCUGGUGCGGUUCCAGGGGGUGUCGUACCAGUAAUGCAAAUGCUCCGUCUUAAUGUGGGCCACAAGGACACCAUCUACAAGCUCCUGCAUGCGCCGAUGUGCUCCUACAGGUCUACUCCCCUCACCCGUCCGUCACUGCGCUGUGCGACUGGUCCAGACUGGGUGGUGGGGCUCUCCCCCGCCGCCGCCUCCUUCGGCCCGACUUCCGCGGCGUCAUCUACUCCCUCAUCGGUCGCUGCGGCUGUGGUUUCGGGGCUACCCACUCCGGGCCUGUUGGGCUCGGUGCGGCUGCAUGUGGCGGCGGCUAAGGACGGGUGCACACUGUUUUGGGCGGCGGGGGCGGGGGGCGAGCCCGUGGCAGUCCGAUGGAGACCCGCGGACGGGCCUUGGCGGCAGCGGCACCAGCAGCAGCGGCACCACCAGCGCCUGCUGCCGCAGCAGCUGUAUCAGCCCCCACGACACAGGGCAGGGAGGGAACACCUGCGGCCCAGGGAGCAGGCAGAGGCGGCGGCGCCGCCAGUGUACGGCAGUGCCACGCUGGAGGCCGGCGGGAAGGCUCAUCAUCACGCGGCCGCUGAUGCAGGAAACGCCCGCAGCGCUCCUUCACAUAGUCAAGGGUCGGCGGCGGCAGUUGGCGGGCCGAGCAUAACCCUGCUCAUAAGUGCAGACCCGUGGGCCUAUAAGGAAACAAAGCUGCUGUACGGCAGUCCGUACGAUAGUCCUCGUCCAAGGUCCCUCGUUUUGCAGAUUGUGGAGGCGCGCGACCUGGCGGCGCACGACUGGGCCGGCACAUGCGACCCGUAUGUCCGUAUAUCGUACAAUGGUCGUACAUACCGAACACGGACGUUGUACAAUGCGCACACGCCGGUAUGGCAGCAAACAUUCAUCCUUCCGGACGAGGGAUCGGCCACCAGCCCCGUCAUUCCGCCCCGGAACCGGUUGUUGCUGUCGGUGUACGACAGCGGUGUGUCGCGGGACGAUCGUCUUGGCAGCGCCUCUCUGAAUCUGGACAUGGCUUCCGAGCACCAUCUGCAGGACCGAUGGAUUCCUCUCCAGGGCGCGGAAAGCGGCUGGCUGCGUGUACGGCUUGCGGCAAUUCCGGAUUCACCUGACUCGGCAUCGGUUGUCGUGCUGAGUGUACGUGCACUGAGUCCCAGACGGGGUGCCCAACUGCUAGGUCUGCGAGAUGCGUACUGCAACAUCACGUACGACGGUGCCCGUCACGUUACUCCAGUCGUACGGCAAGACCAAAACCCACGUUGGGACUAUUCGGCUCUGUUUGUUAUGCGGGACGAUGAUGCUGAGGGGCAGCAGCAGACCGGUGCGGGCGGCCAUCGGCAGCAGGAGGCAGUGCCGAGGCCAGCACACCAGCCAGGAGAGGAGCAGCGGAACCAGGUGGAGGGGGCAGCAGGGACAGCGCUGGGGGCGACUGGGGGCGACUCGCCUGCCUCCUCAUCGCAGUUCACUGCAGGCGGCAGCCGCAGCAGUAGCGGCCGCACGCAUGGGGCCAGGCGCGGGUCUGUCAAUGCGGUGGAGAACAGCAGCUAUGUUGAGGGACCGUCUGCCACAUCUGAUAACACCCCUCUAAACAAUGGGCGGCAGGAGCGCGGCAAUGGAACUGCGGAUGGGCGCAGCAGUAGUGGGAGCAGAGGGAACACAGACGAUGAGGGCGAUGGCGGGGCUUCUUUGGCUUCAUUUCCACCGCACCCACUUUCAAUGUCUGCCCGAGCAGCAGCAGCGGAGCCUGCACUGCCAUCAGCAGCAACUGAGACGACGCCAAGGCCACCAAGGCCCCGGCCUCGCUUCCGUCGUGACCUCAACCGGGACAUCCUGCGGCUGGAAGUCAAGGAUUUGGCCCCGGUGGCCCCGGAUGACCUGGGCUGGGUGGAGCUGCCGAUACGGGCGCUUCUGCCACAGCCCGGCGAUAGCUGGCAGGGCUGGCUGCCGCUGCGGCGUGGAGAGGGUGCUGAGCUGCUCGUUCGGAUCAGCCGUAUUGAGCCGUUGCCGCUGGGAGAGGCUGGGCUGCCGAUGCCGCAGCAGCUGCAGCCGCAGGAGUGGCCAAGUGGUAAGGUGGGAGCCGGGGCUGCCGCAUCACCAGCGGUACAGCCGCCGGCUUCAGGCACAGCCCCAGCAGGUAGCAAUGGAGGCAGCGGCAACGGGGAUGCGGGCGGCAAAGCUGUGGGAUCUGAGGCUGGUUCCGGUGGUGCAGGAGGCUCACCCACACAGGGUGUUGCACUGAUGCAGCGGGUGACGUUGGACAGCUUCACGGAGCAGGUGCGGGCAGCGAACAGGGCAGCGAGUAACAUGGAGCAGGACCUGCGCGUCCGGCUUGGGCAGGACGUCAUCCCCAAGUUGCAGGACUGGUGGAAGGGUACCCUGCAGCACGCGGCCAACUCCCUGGAGAAGCCGGGUAUGCAACUCAGUUCAUGGCUCCAGAGCCCCCAGCUUGUGCCAGGCAUAUGGUUGGAGGGCAUCAGUGCAAUGCAAGGCAAACGGCAGUCACAGGUGCUGCAACAGCAGCGGCAAACGUUGUUACCGCCAUCGCCACCUUCGUCCAUGUCAUGGCGGCCAAAGCAGGUGCAGGAGCGUCAGGCUCUGCCAUGUGUGAGGAACCUCCUACCACAAAAGAAAGUCAUGCCAAAGUGA